AAAACCUAGCCUCUCAACCCUCUCGACCGGUCGACCCUCUCUUUCGACAUCAAUUUUACAACCGAUAGCCUUCGUGAAACCUAGCCUCUCUCUCUCUCUCUCUCUCUCCAUUGAGUCUAGCCAUCUACAAGCAUUUAACGAUGGCCAGCAAGAUCGGACUCUGUGACUCUACUAGUUCUCCAACUCAUUCCAGGGGAUCUCGAGCCUCUCGUCAUCGCCGUCGAAGACCUCGAGGUGCAACAACAGAUUCAUUUUAUCCGGUCAUCGUCCAGGCUCCAACAGUUUGGGCUAAAUGACAAGGCUCGCCGAUGAAGGACGGCGAGAACGAGGCCUAUUCUGGCUGUUGAGAUCGGAGCUUUUUGGGUCUGAUUUCGAUUCUUUUUCUGCUCCUGCAGGUGGCGUUACCAAUAUGGACGACGGGAACAUUCCGGGCCCAACUACCCAAACCCUAGCGCUCCCAAUUCUUCUACCAUAGAUGGCGUAGCUGGCCUGGGCUACUUUGAUUUGGCCAAGGAGGAGAUCGCCAAGGCUGUUAGGGCUGAAGAAUGGGGCUUAAGAUCGGCGUUGACAACACAUUUAAGAUUAGUUUCUGCACUUCUUGCUCUUACAGGGAUCGACCUGGGAAAGUUUCUAAUCAAACGUGUGAUAACGCUGGUGAGGAAAGACAUGCAACAUAUUUCUACAUUUGCGACUCUCAGUCCCAUUCCAGGGUACAUGCAAUGGCUCCUAUCAAAAUUGGCAUCCCAGUCAAAACUUGCUAAAGGUGAAGACAUGCCAAACUCGUUAGCUGAUAGAUCUGGUUCCACAUUUUGGGAGAACAUACUUGAACCAGAAGAGGAAAGAGCACUUAUGGAUGCUUCUAUGGAAUUCACCACUGGGAAAAACAACAUGGAAGUGAUGCUCAAUUUACUGACUUCAGCAAACCAUGAAUGGACAAAGUCUGAUAUAUUGCUUUCAGUUCUAAAACCCCCUCUAAUGCGAUUGUGUGCCAGGGUACCUUCUGCAAGAGAAAAAGAGAGGCAAAGCUCUGGAUUCUGUUGCAAAUUUUCACUUACAGAAGGGAGCGGAUUCAAUGGAGCCGAGGCUUGGAGACGAUAGAGUUGUGCCUUGGAGACGACGGAGCAGAGCUCAUCAUGACUCAAUUUCGACGCCCGCCGCUCGCCGCCACAGGUUAAAUUCUUCGAUUAACCGGUAGAGAGAGAUUCGUUUUCGAUCGGAGCUUUGGGGUCGCCGCUGAGGAGUUUGGAGGCUUGACGAUCGGAGCUUUACUCCCGAAUCGAUGACGGAGUUUUCGCGCACGGGAGGUUCUGUACUGCCGGAGCCGAACGAGUUGGUGUCGGAGGAAGGGUUUGCUGGAGAGAGAGAGAUUUCUUUUCGAUCGGAGCUUCGGGGCCGCCGCUGAGGAGUUUGGAGGCUUGACGAUCGGAGCUUUACUCCGGAAUCGAUGACGGCGUUUUCGCGCAGGGAGGUUGUGUACUGCCGGAGCCGAACGAGUUGGUGUUGGAGAAAGGGUUUGCUAAGAGAGAGAGAGAGUAGAGAGAGAGAGAGAGAUCUGUAGUCAAAGCAAGGGUUUGCUGGAGAGAGAGAGAGAUAUGUAAUUUUCUAAAGCGAUCCAAUUGAUUGAUUUCGUUCGGUGAAAGGGCAAUAUGGUCAGAUACGAAAUAUUUUGAAGAAGCAAGUGGCCUUAUGUGUACAAGAACAUAUAGAUGGCCUUAUCACAAAUUAAAGUUUCAAAUUGACACUUGUGUGUAAUUUUCUAUUUUAAUUUUUACUCUUUUACAUGCUCUCAGCUGAAAAAUAAAACCAAAGUCUGGUUGAUGCGUGUC